CCUGAGCCUGCUGUAACAUGGCUGUCUCUCUGCUGUACAACCAUCAAUGCGACCGACUUUUUGGUCGCCACCAUUUACUUGCCGACGCGACAGACCUGCAUCACUUUACGCGUCCAAUCUCCAGCAGCGACCACAACUCACGCCCACCGCCGUUCGAUAUCUACAAGUCCUUCAGUUGCAUGCGAUCUAGAAGUAUGAUAUAGAGCCGACUUCCCACCACCACAGGACACCAUAGGCUGCUCGGCCGUCCUUGCGAUCCUCGUGCGCCGACACAGCCCCUAGACCCUGCAACCGUCGCAAAAGAUGAGCGACCUCGAUAAAGCUAUCGCCCAGCUGAGGGCUUGUCGACCCAUUCCAGAAGCCCAAGUCCGAGAGGUCUGUCACAAGGCACGUGAGCUGUUAAUCGAGGAAGCGAAUGUAGUGACGGUGACUGCGCCCGUAACAAUAUGCGGCGAUAUACACGGCCAGUUCCACGACUUGAUGGAGCUAUUCCGCGUGGGUGGUGAUCCUCCUGAUACCAAUUAUCUCUUCAUGGGUGAUUUCGUUGAUCGGGGCUUCUACUCCUUGGAAUCAUUCCUCCUACUUCUCUGCUUAAAGGUCCGCUAUCCCGACCGGAUGACCUUGAUCCGGGGCAACCACGAGUCGCGACAAAUCACAACCGUAUACGGAUUCUAUGACGAGUGCUUACGGAAAUAUGGAAGUGCGAAUGUGUGGCGGUAUUGUUGCGAUGUAUUCGACUACCUUGCGCUCGGCGCCAUAGUCCUAGGCGCCUCAAAUAACAUAGAGCCACCAAGCGAAACUACGACUCGGGAGGAUGUGGAAAUCGAGGUCUGUAAUGCGGAUGGAGAUGUCAUAAGCCAGUUCUCAAGGCGCGGAAAGGCUAGUAGCAGUCACAAUGGUAGCCCAAAUGGGAAGACGGAACUCACAGGCCCUCCCGGCACUGGUGCCUCUGGUUCAAGCCGGGGUACGGUCGGGCGGCCGACGGGCGCAGUUCUCUGUGUUCACGGUGGUCUCUCGCCUCUGAUCGAUUCGGUGGAUAAGAUCCGCCUGUUAGAUCGCAAGCAAGAGGUUCCUCACGAAGGAGCCAUGUGCGAUCUACUAUGGUCAGAUCCGGACGAGAUCGAUGGCUGGGGAUUAUCGCCGCGUGGCGCAGGUUUCCUGUUUGGAGCUGAUAUUGUGAAAGUGUUCAAUCACAGAAACGACCUGUCUCUAAUAGCAAGAGCGCACCAGCUCGUCAUGGAAGGCUUCAAAGAAAUGUUCGACGCCAGCAUCGUCACAGUUUGGUCAGCCCCUAAUUAUUGCUACCGCUGCGGCAAUGUGGCUGCCGUACUUGAGUUGUCUGAGGACGCCAGUGGGCAGGGCUUCUUCGCGCGCAGUAACGGCGACGUUGGACGGAGUGAUGGAGGCGUGCCCAGUUUUCCGGAUGCCGACGAGGCCACUAAGAGAGGCCCGGCGCGUCGAUAUCGUGUCUUCCAGGCUGCGCCGCAGGAUUCUAGGGGUAUGCCUGCUAAGAAGCCUGUUGCAGACUACUUCCUUUGAUGUCGAAGGUGCGAUUAAGAAAGUUCGACUAUAACCGCCGUAAUGACCCUCUGUCGUUUGACACAAGACAUAGGCAUCAACUACGUUUUGUGAGAGCAUAAGAUAUGCGCGAGAAGAUACCAAAAGGUUAAAUGGGCCAGGUUGUAUCAAAGAGGUUGGGAUUUCCUUUGACAUGGCAAUACUUCUUCUCUAUUCGUACAUAGGAGUUCCGGACUAUCAAGGAAUUUAACACCAACCACGGCGCCA